CUUUCUUUUAACUCCAUCAAUCAAUUAAUAAUAAAUUUAUAAACUUAUAUCACAAUGCAAAUUUUCGUUAAGACUUUAACUGGUAAGACCAUUACCUUAGAAGUUGAAUCUUCCGACACUAUCGAUAAUGUCAAAUCCAAAAUUCAAGAUAAAGAAGGUAUUCCACCUGAUCAACAAAGAUUAAUUUUUGCUGGUAAACAAUUGGAAGACGGUAGAACUUUAUCUGAUUACAAUAUUCAAAAGGAAUCCACUUUACACUUAGUCUUAAGAUUAAGAGGUGGUAUGCAAAUUUUCGUCAAGACUUUGACUGGUAAGACCAUUACCUUAGAAGUCGAAUCCUCAGACACCAUUGACAACGUUAAAUCUAAAAUUCAAGACAAAGAAGGUAUUCCUCCUGAUCAACAAAGAUUAAUUUUUGCUGGUAAACAAUUGGAAGACGGUAGAACUUUAUCUGACUACAAUAUCCAAAAGGAAUCCACUUUACACUUAGUCUUAAGAUUAAGAGGUGGUAUGCAAAUUUUCGUCAAGACUUUAACCGGUAAGACCAUUACCUUAGAAGUCGAAUCCUCAGACACCAUUGACAACGUUAAAUCUAAAAUUCAAGACAAAGAAGGUAUUCCACCUGAUCAACAAAGAUUAAUUUUCGCUGGUAAACAAUUGGAAGACGGUAGAACUUUAUCUGACUACAAUAUCCAAAAGGAAUCCACUUUACACUUAGUCUUAAGAUUAAGAGGUGGUCAAUAAGUGUUUUAGGUGAAAGCUAAUUUUUUUUAAAGGUUGGAAAAAAGUUACAUGGUUGAUGUUUUAAAUAAUAUAUAGUGAG